AUGGCCAAAGCCAGCAAGCCUGGCCUUGGCUACCACGUGCUCACACGCCUGCGUGACCAGGGGGAGCCGGAGGUGCAGCGCGCGUCGGGGGUGACGAGCAGCCGGAAUGUCCUGGCCACCGUGAGCGGCCCCAGCGGCUCCCGCCUCGGUUCUUCUCAGCACGUCCGAGGACAGAUCAACUUCCCAACCCAGGAGACAGGUUUUUACCGGCUCUGCCUGGACAACCAGCACAACCGCUUUGGUGCUAUGCAGGUUUAUCUCAACUUCGGUGUGUACUACCAGGGCCUCGACACGGAGCAGGAGCAGCUCCAAGACAGGAAACAGCUCAACGACACCCUGGAUGCCAUUGAGGUCAGCAUGCGCAGGCUGCACAACCGCAUCUUCCACAUGUGGCGCUUCUACAACUUCCUCCGCAUGAGGAAAGGGGCCGACUCCUUCCUGCUCGAGGCCAACCAGCACUACAUCAACUGCUGGUCGCUGGCCCAGAGCUGCAUCAUCCUCCUCUCCGGCGCGCUGCAGCUCUACUUCCUCAAGCGCCUCUUCGCGGCGCCGUCCGCCAGCCGGCCCCG